AUGACAGAAUUAGCCGGUGGCUUGGGGUCGGCUUCAACGUUUUGUGGGCUGACCACAAAGAUCAAUGUGGCCCUCCCAGUAGGCUCUGUAGACAAAGCGUGGACCAAAGAAACCAGUAUUAAAAUUGGAGAGCGGGAAGUGCAUGCAGUUCUCAAACCUAUGAGGUUUCCGAUGAUCCGCAACUGCACGGGGAUGGGUGUGUGGAUGGGCCGAAACGCGAGUAUCCAGGCAAGGAAAGUUUGGGCACAGCAGUGUCUGUUGCGGCAGGAUUCCCGAAUCUUUCGAUAUGUCUGGUUCAAGCUCGAAAUAGGCACUGUCGACCAUGCUAAACGGGCACUACCAACGCGGCCCGUAUUUUAG